AUGAAAGUAACUCUUACAUCAGAUGGUGAGAUGAAAGCAACUCUUUCAUCAGAUGGUGAGAUGAAAGCAACUCUUUCAUCAGAUGGUGAGAUGAAAGUACCUGUUUCAUCAGAUGGUGAGAUCAAGGUAACUCUUUCAUCAGAUGGUGAGAUGAAAGCAACUCUUUCAACAGAUGGUGAGAUGAAAGUACCUCUUUCAUUAGAUGGUGAGAUGAAAGUAAUUCUUUCAUCAGAUGGUGAGAUGAAAGUACCUCUUUCAUCAGAUGGUGAGAUGAAAGCAACUCUUUCAUCAGAUGGUGAGAUGAAAGCAACUCUUUCUUCAGAGGGUGAGAUGAAAGUAACUCUUUCAUCAGAUGGUGAGAUGAAAGCAACUCUUUCUUCAGAUGGUGAGAUGAAAGUAACUCUUUCAUCAGAUGGUGAGAUGAAAGUACCUCUUUCAUCAGAUGGUGAGAUGAAAGUACCUCUUUCAUCAGAUGGUGAGAUGAAAGUAACUCUUUCAUCAGAUGGUGAGAUGAAAGUACCUCUUUCAUCAGAUGUGAGUUUCCCUGUCAUCGCCAGUGUGGGGCACGGGCUCAUUUUCCUCAUGUACUUGCCCCCCUUCCCCCUCCUCCCUCUGCUGGUCAGGGAAAAGGCUUUCGACCUUGACCUGGCCCCAUUCUCCCGCUUUCCAUCACCCCGCCCCAUUCUCCCGCUUUCCAUCACCCCGCCCCAUUCUCCCGCUUUCUAUCACCCCGCUCCGUUCUCCCGCUUUCCAUCAACCCGCCCCACUCUCCCGCUUUCUAUCAACCCGCCCCGUUCUCCCUCUUUCCUUCACCCCGCCCCAUUCUCCCGCUUCCCAUCACCCCGCCACAUUCUCCCUCUUCCCACCACCCCGCCCCAUUCUCCCGCUUUCGAUCACCCCACCCCAUUCUCCCGCUUUUUAUCACCCCGCCCCAUUCUCCCGCUUUCCUUCACCCCGCCUCAUUCCCCGGCUUCCCAUCACCCUGCCCCAUUCUCCCUCUUCCCAUCAUCCCGCCCCAUUCUCCCGCUUUCCAUCACCCCGCCCCAUUCUCCCGCUUUCCAUCACCGCGCCCCAUUCUCCCCCAUCACCCCACUCCAUUCUCCUGCUUUCCAUCACCCCGCCCCAUUCUACCUCUUUCCAUCACCCUGCCCCAUUCUCCCGCUUUCCAUCACCCCGCCCCAUUCUCCCGCUUUCCAUCACCCCGCCCCAUUCUCCCUCUUUCCAUCAUCCCAGCCCAUUCUCUCGCUUUCCAUCACCCCGCCCCAUUCUCCCUCUUUCCAUCACCCCGCCUUAUUCUCCCUUUUUCCAUCACCCCGCCCCAUUCUCCCGCUUUCCAUCACCCCGCCCCAUUCUCCCGCUUUCCAUCACCCCGCUCCAUUCUCCCGCUUUCUAUCACCCGGCUUCAUUCUUCCGCUUUCCAUCACCUCGCCCCAUUCUCCCGCUUUCUAUCACCCUGCCCCAUUCUCCCUCUUUCCUUCACCCCGCCCCAUUCAACCGCUUUCCAUCACCCCGCCCCAUUCUCCCUCUUCCCAUCACCCCGCCCCAUUCUCCCGCUUUCGAUCACCCCGCCCAAUUCUCCCGCUUUCCAUCACCCCGCCCUAUUCUCCCACUUUCCUUCACCCCGGCCCAUUCCCCCGCUUCCCAUCACCCCGGCCCAUUCGCCCUCUUCCCAUCACCCCGCCUCAUUCUCCCGCUUUCCAUCACCCCGCCCCAUUCUCCCGCUUUCCAUCACCCCGCCCCAUUCUCCCUCUUUCCAUCACCCCACCCCAUUCUCCUGCAUUCCAUCACCCCGCCCCAUUCUCCCUCUUUCCAUCACCCCGCCCCAUUCUCCCGCUUUCCAUCACCCCGCCCCAUUCUCCCGCUUUUCAUCACCCCGCCCCAUUCUCCCGCUUUCCAUCACUCCGCCCCAUUCUCCCGCUUUCCAUCACCCCGUCCCAUUCUCCCGCUUUCCAUCACCCCGCCCCAUUCUCCCGCUUUCCAUCACCCCGCCCCAUUCUCCUGCUUUCCAUCACCGCGCCCCAUUCUCCCCCAUCACCCCACUCCAUUCUCCUGCUUUCCAUCACCCCGCCCCAUUCUACCUCUUUCCAUCACCCUGCCCCAUUCUCCCGCUUUCCAUCACCCCGCCCCAUUCUCCCGCUUUCCAUCACCCCGCCCCAUUCUCCCUCUUUCCAUCAUCCCGGCCCAUUCUCUCGCUUUCCAUCACCCCGCCCCAUUCUCCCUCUUUCCAUCACCCCGCCUUAUUCUCCCUCUUUCCAUCACCCCGCCCUAUUCUCCCGCUUUCCAUCACCCCGCCCCAUUCUCCCGCUUUCCAUCAACCCGCUCCAUUCUCCCGCUUUCUUUCACCCGGCUUCAUUCUUCCGCUUUCCAUCACCUCGCCCCAUUCUCCCGCUUUCUAUCACCCCGCCCCAUUCUCCCUCUUUCCUUCACCCCGCCCCAUUCAACCGCUUCCCAUCACCCCGCCCCAUUCUCCCUCUUCCCAUCACCCCGCCCCAUUCUCCCGCUUUCGAUCACCCCGCCCAAUUCUCCCGCUUUCCAUCACCCCGCCCUAUUCUCCCGCUUUCCUUCACCCCGCCCCAUUCCCCCGCUUCCCAUCACCCCGGCCCAUUCGCCCUCUUCCCAUCACCCCGCCUCAUUCUCCCGCUUUCCAUCACCCCGCCCCAUUCUCCCGCUUUCCAUCACCCCGCCCCAUUCUCCCUCUUUCCAUCACCCCACCCCAUUCUCCUGCAUUCCAUCACCCCGCCCCAUUCUCCCUCUUUCCAUCACCCCGCCCCAUUCUCCCGCUUUCCAUCACCCCGCCCCAUUCUCCCGCUUUUCAUCACCCCGCCCCAUUCUCCCGCUUUCCAUCACUCCGCCCCAUUCUCCCGCUUUCCAUCACCCCGUCCCAUUCUCCCGCUUUCCAUCACCCCGCCCCAUUCUCCCGCUUUCCAUCACCCCACCCCAUUCUCCCACUUUCCAUCACCCCGCUCCAUUCUCCCGCUUUCCAUCACCCCGCCCCAUUCUCCCGCUUUCUAUCACCCCGCCCCAUUCUCCCUCUUUCCUUCACCCUGCCCCAUUCUCCCGCUUCCCAUCACCCCGCCCCAUUCUCCCUCUUCCCAUCACCCCGCCCCAUUCUCCCGCUUUCGAUCACCUCGCCCCAUUCUCCCACUUUCCAUAACCCCUCCACAUUCUCCCGCUUUCCAUCACCCCGCCCCAUUCUCCCGCUUUCCACCACCCCGCCCCAUUCUCCCUCUUUCCAUCACCCCGCCCCAUUCUCCCGCUUUCCAUCACCCCGCCCCAUUCGCCUCCUUUCCAUCACCCCGCCCCAUUCUCCCACUUUCCAUCAUCCUGCCCCAUUCUCCCGCUUUCCAUCACUCCGCCCCAUUCUCCAACUUUCCAUCACCCCGCCCACCUAUCUCUAGGGGCGCCUAUCUCUAUGGGCGCCUAUCUCUAGGGGCGCCUAUCUCUAGGGGCGCCUAUCUCUAG